AUGCAGGCGUCGCAGGAUAGUGCGACAGGGAAGUCGGGUACUCGAGUGUCGUUAGCAUGCGUGCAAUGCCGCAGCCGUCAUCUCAGGUGCGAUGCCGUCGAUCCAAUCUGCAGCAGAUGUAGCGAGACGGGCACUGCGUGCACGUAUCUCAAGUCUCGACGGGGUGGACGACCACGCGUCCGACCACUCCCAGGACCCGACCCAACAGGGUCAGUGCCGUUACCUAUGUCGUUACCGAUGUCAUCGACCACAGUGGUAACUAGCCUCCCGAUGUCCGAGCCCCUCAACCACAGCCCUGCGCUGGUCACACCCGGCACACACGACCGCUCCGCCGUCCCCAGCUCCGACAGCUCCAGCUCCGGCACUGACGAUCUACGAGCCAGCGCGACGCAAGAUCCGCUGCUCGAUCUCUACUACCACUACUUCCACCACGGGCACCCCUGCGCGCUGCCCGCGCGGUUCAUGGCCAGCUUCACGACGCAAGAAGUCCACUCGAGCAUCCCCGGGAUGAGCUUGCUGGUGGCGGUGAUGCAGUUCAUCGGAUCGCUGUACUCCACGAAGAUCGCGUCCGACCCGCUGGAGGAGCGGGUGAAGAUGGCGAUGAUGGAAGGCGAGAUGACGCCGUCGCCAUUCGAGGUGCAGGCGUUGACGUUGUAUGCGAUUGCAUCGUACUGGUGCCAUGACGACGAGGCAGCCAAAAGUGUCAUGGGCGGCGCGAGCGACAAGGCAAUCGCGCUGGGGAUGAACCUGCAGAGUUUUGCAGACGCGAACUCGGGCGGCAAUCCGAUUCUAGCGGAGAGUUGGAGACGUACAUGGUGGACCUUGUAUCUCGUGGAUGCGCAUAUUGCUUCCAGCACUCACGCUGCUAUCUUCCGAACAAGUCAACGGACCGUCCCUGCGACCGUUGAUCUACCCUGCGAGGAGGAUGCAUAUGAAUCAGGGAAUAUCCCCAUUCCUCACACUGUCGAAGACUACGACAAUCGAGAAUUCAUGGACGAUGAUGUGGAGUUCUCAUCGUUUGCUUACCUGGUCGGGCUACUCCGUAGUGUCGAUCACAUCUGCAUUGGCAUGUCCAGAGAGUCUCUUGAAGACGUGAGAGCCAUGGCGGCCAAUCACGACGCAGCUUGCAAUGGAUGGGUGAACUUGCUCGCGAAGUCGAAACGGAAGUUGUUUCGGGAAGACGGUAAAAUAGAUGAGCUCUUGUUCGGGGCGAACAUGGGUGUUUUGAUCUACACCGUCGACAUCCACCGCCAACUCUCCACCCUCUCUUACUCCCCCAUCGAAUCCGUCUCCUCCUGCGCCCCACCGCCACCCCCCAAACGCCUCACCUCCGUCUACGCGCGCGACGCGCACAUCCACACCGCUAAGGUCCUCCAAGCCAUCACAAAGAUGACCGAAAUGCUCACCCUGCCUGCCCGCACAGCCCAGCACACCCCUUUCGCCAUCUGCAUGACCGCCACCACCACCAUCGCUCACCUCGCUGCCUGCAAGCACGUCCUCCGCGGCGACGCCCUGCUGCUUGCCCGCGAGCGCAUCCGCGUUGCCAUGGGCACCAUCGAGAUCUUCGCGGAGGUGUGGCCGCGCGCAAAACGCGUACUCAAAGAAGUUAAGACUGUCGCACGGGAGCUGCUGGCGCUUGGCCCCGGACUGCAAUCGCGGGCGCUGGACGCGCAGGCGGGGUUGCUGAACGCGUAUAUCCCCGAGGUGCCGAACCAGAGUCCGUUGCUGUUUACGAAUUAUUUUCCGGGGCCGGAUUUGAGUGCUUAUACGGAGUUUUGUAAUCAGACGACAGGGUUUGGGUUGGGGAUGACGGAUACGGAGUCGAAUUCGAGUAGCGAUGUGGUGUCGUUUGAGAUACCCGUCGGGACGUUUUGA